AUGACACAACGGUCAGAAAGCAUGAAUACUUUUUUCGACGGGUAUGUCCAUUCCGAUAUGACCUUGAAGGAAUUUGUCAACCAGUUCAAUAAUACUCUAAGAAAGAAGGUGGAGGUAGAGACAAUGGCUGAUUUCAACUCCAGCAACCAAAUGAUCCCCUGCGUUUCCCCUUUCAACUUUGAGAAGCAGUUUCAGAAGGUAUACUCAAAUGCAAAGUUUAAAGAGUUCCAAAAAGAGUUGAUGGACCUAAUGUGUUGUAAUUGCACUCUAGUAAGCAAGCGUGGAUGCAUUUCAACCUUCAAUAUCAUGGAUGAAAUAUCUAUUGUGGACUGCACAAAAACAAUCCACUACACACUUUACUAUAAUGAAGAGGACUGUGAGUUAAAAUGCACGUGUGCAUUGUUUGAGAUGGGGGAAAUUCUAUGUAGGCAUGUACUUAGAGUUUUUCAUUUGAAGAGGAUUAAUGUGCUGCCAGAUAGAUAUGUCUUGGAUCGCUGGAGGAAGGACGAUAAGAGGAGAUACACAUUGAUCCAAAGUAGUUAUGAUGACUUGCGGGCCAGUAGAGACGCACAGAGGUAUGAGAUGGUGUUUAAAAGAUGA